UUGGAUGUACAAUGUCGGAACACGAUGAUACUUUAUUGGACGGAGAUCUCGGGGAUGAAGAAUACGAUCUAGGUAACGACGAAGAAGAGGCCCUUUUAGCAGAUGACUAUGAACUCGAUAGGCAGAAUAGCUAUAAGGGAGAAGAGGAAACAGAUGAUGUACUGGACUUAGGAGUCACCGACGCACUCGACGACUUAGACGGCGAAGAUGAAAACAUUGAAUUUAAUAGGAGCAAAACCGCUAGAAGCAAUGACAAUGAUUUUUACGAGGACGGGGAUCAUCAGCUAGAGGCUCAAUCGAAGUAUUACGAGCAAGACGAAAUGAAGAAAUAUAAAAGCGAGCAAACGCGACAACAGCACGACGAACGUUCCGCGAACGAUCUGAUUAACACCUCGAGUAACAUCGGAAAGGGAGAUCUGCGUGAAAAGCUGCAGAAAAAUGCAAAAAUCUAUUCUGGUAAUAACGGACAAGGUUUCGAAGAUGACGAAUGCGAAGAAGCGAAGGAAAGGAGGAAUAGAUUUCAAAACGAGAGAACGAUCGUUUCUCCGAAAAUGAACAGCAAUAUACCGGACACAUUGGAGAACGUGGUAACAUCCGAACCGUCCAUCAAGCUGGCGUCCAGAGGCCGAGGAAGAGCUCGAAGCGCAAGAGGAUGCCGUGGAGGAGGAAGAUUCAAUGUACAAAAUCCGGGAAAUUUUAAUCAAAGGUUUGGUAAUGCACGCAACGCGAACAACUUCGAUAAUCAAGCGCCGCCGGCAUGCAGACCACCUUUACUAGAGACCAGGCCACCUUUUCUCCUCGGAGUGCCGAACAACGUACAAAAUCAACAACAGAUUAUAUAUCAGCAAGCAAAUUCUCAACUACAAUCUUUCCAGCACUAUUCAUCACCGAACGGCUCUCUCCAAGCUCCGACGCACUUUCUAGAUAAUAGACCGCAAUUCAAUCCUAAUCAAUUUCAAAGUCAAGUGGGCCCUAGAAUAAUUGGGCCAAGGUUAGAUUACGGACCAAGAGCUAGUUUACAAGGACCGUCUUACAGCCAUCCCUCGUCGAAUCAACCACCUUACGCCGUACAAAUCAAUCAAUCGGCGCCCACAUCUGUCGGCCCCUUUCAAAAUUCUUCAUCCGUGCUCAUGCAAGAUAAUCAACCGCGAUUGAUGCAAAACAAUCAAGGCCCGUUGUUGCAAGGAAAUCCCGGCGGAGGAUCGCUACUUGGAAAUCUAAAUCCGAUGAUACCUGGAACAUCGGCGCCGUUGUUGCAACAGGGUAACCAGCCGUUACCCAUGCAACAGUCAUUUCCACGGCAACCAUCCACCACACCCUCCUCCUCGUCCUCCUCCCAAGGGCCCCUUAUCAACCAUCCAAAUGUCACUCAAAUAUCGAAUCAAUCGCCCUUCGAGAAUAGACCACCACCUUUCCAAGAACCGGCUCAAUUCGAGAACCGACCCGUUUACGAUUCGAGGUCCGGCUAUUCCGAUCAAGUACCUACCAGCCAAUUUAAUACUAAUACGUUACCUGUACCGCAACAAUCCGCUUCCAAUGUACCCAAUGUACCUUUACCUCCAGGGCACAAGAUUUUAAUCAAUCCUCACUUUCGAGGAGCCGUUCAGUCGACAAACGACGCAAGGCUCGCGUGGGAUUCCACUCAACAACAACAACAACAACAACAACAACAACAACCACCACCACCUUUGUCAUCCCAAAUUCCAAGCGGUCAGUUUGCACAACCCGUCGUUUCUUAUCAGAAUCAAAGCUCGUAUAAUCAAAGUCAACAAGGACCGCCGCAUUACCAACAAAACUACCAACAAAAUUACCAACAAAAUAAAAGCGAUGAUCCUUAUGCGUACUUUUCUGACGUAUGGCAAGAAAAUAAGCCACAGAAAAGUCAGAGUGGGGCUACGAGUAAACAGUAUCCUUCGGAUAACAGUUAUCCACGGGAGGGUAACUAUGAGUACAGUUCGAAGUAUAAGUCGGAUCAGUGGAAUCAAAAGGAUAGCUAUCAAGAGGAUCACAGAGGAGUCCACCAAAGUUAUCGCGACAGAAAUUUGUCGUCGAAAACUAGAAGCGAUCAUCAUGUUUCGAAAAGCAGGACUUCUUCGUCGAACGCGUAUCGUGAGAAUUAUGAUCAAAAUCAUGUACAAAAGUCUUGUAAUAGACCAGUGAAUACUUCGAUAAGAACUAGAUUACCACCCCAGAAAAGAGUUUCUGACACCAUUGAUAGACCUUUGCGUGAUUUGAGCCCAAAACGAAUAAAGCCAAGCAAUAGAAAUCUGCAAGAAGUGCGAACAGUGGAUACGUUAAAUAACACGAAUAAUGAGAAAAAGGAUGAAGAAAGUGAUCCAGAAAUGCAGGAGUACCGAAAAAAAAUGGAAGAACAGAAGCGGCUAAGAGAAAAGAUUCUACGUGAAAAGGAAAACCGGCGAAAAAUGGCUGCAAUGGAAAAACAGAAUGAGGAAGCUAAACACGAAAGUAAUACAUCAAAUGAAAAUAUACAGGAUAUGAAACCAGUGUCAGUACUUAUGGGAGUAGUAAAAGAUGCUUCUAUAAACAAAGGACAUAUCAGCAUUGGAAAAGGACGUGGUCGUCCUGUCAAUACACAACCUACAGAGGCUGUGGAGAAACCAUCGUGCGUACGAAUUGUCAGAACAAUACAGACUGUACAAUCUAAUGAUUCUGUAGAUUCUACAAAAGACAGUAAUUCUGGACAUAUGAUUAAUCAAGUAAAUGAACAUACAAAAGUGUUGAAUUCCCAGCCUGGAACACGAAGAAUUGUGAUUCAAAAAUCGUUAUCGAAUACACAGAAAGUUGCUACAACUAUACAAAAAACAGUAUCAAAUCUUCAAAAAGGUCAGCUACUGGCGCAGAAUAAAAUAGUUAAUACUACACAAUGUACAACUCAAAAAACUGGACAAAAUUUAUCUGAUGUAUUGAGGAAGCUGACAAAUACCGGGCAAAAAGUUUGUGGCAAUUCACAAAGAAUUGUUAAACAAAAACCAUCAGGAAAUCUACAGAAGAGUGUGAUCAAUGUACAAGAAGUGACGAAUACGGGUGCACAAAAGGUCGUUAACAUACCGAGUAACCAAAGAGUUGUAUUUCAAAAGGUACCGAUACAACAGAAAAAGAUACCGGAAAUAAAGACGAACACUGUGAAAGUAGAGAAUUUAGCAGCAAGCACGUCUGAGGCACAAAUUAGGCGUAUGUGUCAAGGCAUCGGAACAAUUGAGAGCAUACAAAUGGGUGAGCGUAGCGCAACGAUUGUGUUUAAGACGCAGUCUGCUGCUAUGAUGUUUCACAAGAAAUACCAACGUAAAAUGCUAGACCUUUCGCUGAUAACCGUUCGCCUUGUACCGCAAUCAAGCGGAUCUAAGACCACGACUACCGUUGUGAAAAUUUCUUAA